AUGGCAAAUGGACCAGCCCUGUCCACUGCUAACAAUGAGGAAGUAUAUGUAGGGAGUGAAUUCAGAGAUUCCUGCACAAUGUUGGAUGUUCUCCAUGCAAAUCAGUUUGAAGGAGAAAUUUUUGAUCCAGCACUCACAGGGAAGACAGAAGAGAAUUUCUACAGAGGGGCCCCACCUCAGUGGUUAAACUUCUACAUCAGUGAACAAGCAGAGUUACAUGGGACUGCUUUUAUCAAAAGAGAUGGACAUGAGAAACUCAGGGAACAAAUUAAGAAAAAGAGAUCAUUUCCAGGGAUAUCAACUGUAAAACUGACACACCAACCAGGAUGUGGGGGAACUACAAUGGCCAUGCAGGUGAUGUGGGACUUGAGAAAAACCUUCAGGUGUGCUGUUUUAACUGGCUCCACCUCAGACAUGGCAAAAGUUGCAAUGGAGGUUGUCCAACUUUUCACAGCAGGCAGUCGAAACAACCAGAACACUGUGCUGUUGUUAGUGGUUGAUGAGAAAAUCCUGGAAGAUCUCCAGAGCAGCAUUAUGAUGACAGUUGCUGAGCAGAAGAUAGUUACUUGUAUGCCUGCAGUCAUUUUCCUCAGCUGUGUGAGAAACAAUGCACCUCAACAGAGUGACCACGUUGUCCUAAAGAACACACUCUCAGACAAUGAGAAGGAAACAUUUGAUAAGAAAAAGGAAGAGCUUCAAAAGAGGUACAAAGAUAAAUGUGAACAGUUUCAUGGCUUUAACAUAAUGCAAAGUAAUUUCUCUCAGGACUACGUCAGGGAGGCAUGUGCUGCUUUAGAAAACAGCAAAAAAACAAAUAAACCACUGAAGACACAGCUUGCUGCCUUCCUAUCCCUGCUGAAUGACUACGUACCAGGGUCAUAUCUCCUGGAGUCUCAGUGCCUGGACUUCCUCAGACAUGAAGACUAUGAUGAUCUUUCACUGGAGGAUCAAAUGCAGCCUUUCAGUCAUCUCAUCAUCACAUUCCAAGAAGAUGGAAGAGCUGAGAAAAAGGUCUGCAUGGCUCACACUAUGAUAGCACAAUAUUGUACUGAACUGUUGGCAAAGGCAGGUGUGACCAGAAGUGACACAACAAGAAACUUCGUGAACACUUUUUGCAGAGAUCCGAUUCCUCUGUGGUUGCUUGGUUUUGUCAAAGACAUGUUAACCAAAAGAGAAAUGAAAAAAGAAGUGGACCAAGUCAACAGCACAGACAUCAAACAGAAAAGGUUUUCUAGACUGAUUCUAGACAUUGAAAUGAUGGAGGGGAAAGAGCAGUGUGCAACAGUUUUAAAAGUGGCCUCAAAUACAUUUGGUCAAAAUCCAUUUUUUCCACAAGCUCUUGCUCGUUUUUAUUAUAUAGAAUUAAACGACUACAAUCGGGCAGAAAUGUGGGCACAAAGGGCAAUAGAAAGAGAUCCUCAAAAUUCUUUUGUUGCUGACACACUUGGCCAAGUCCAUAAGAACCACCUAAUGAACAAUGAGGUUUCUGAACCAAGAGACAUUUUGAGACUGGCCAAAAAAGCCAUUAAAGCUUUUGAAGAUGAAGAAAAACUUGCUGAAGAUGAAGAUGGACCAGACAUGAAAAAACAUGGCAAUAUAAAAGUUUCACCUUUUUAUAACUUCAGAGGGCAGUUUGGUUACCUGCAGGUCUGCAAUACUCUGUAUUACAAACUUGUCAGUCAAAAUGAAACCUGGGAAGAAGUUCUCACCAAAAAUGUAUCGAUGGGUUCUGUCCUCGAAUUACUUGGAGACAACAAACUUCAAAGAUUCAAUGAUCUCAUAGUAAGCCUGCGAGAUGACAUUGAGAAAAAAUGCAUGUUUUUGGAAAAAUUUCAGACUUACUCAAAGCCUAAAACAGAGAAAGAUGAUCCUGAAUAUAUAUCUAAACACACUUCAGAGUGCUACCAGAAGUAUGUUGGCAACACAACUGCAAAACAACUCAUCCAGAUGUUUCAGGAGGGAAACCUAGAUGACCAGUCUGUGGAAGUGCUGUCAUUUCUUGUCAAACAAUACACUCAAUCAGAGCUCAAAGACAUAUCUACAAGGUGUAGAGAAAUGUGUCCAAGUGCAGAUUCAGAGACAGCUCUGGUCAACAACAUCCUCACACUAUUUGAAAGAAAAAUGCCCCUGAGUGACACAGACCCACCUGAGCUGCACAUGUUCUCCCUCCUCUGGUACUGGGCUGGAAAUCAAGGCCAAUGUGAUUAUGACCUCAGUGAGUUAACUCAGCAAAUGUACAAGUCUUAUGAAAAUACAUAUAAGAAGUACUUUCGAAACAGGUACCUCCUUCCUGUGUUUUUCAUUGGAAAAGGUGAAGGUGUGAAGAGAAUUGUUCACAGAAGUGUUAUUGAGAAACAUCUGAAAGCGAUUGAAGCAGAUUGGAGCAAGAACUGGAAGAAAGAAGAAAUCUUCAGAAAUCCUGAUGUUCAAGAGCUCCUUCUCAGACUUGAUGGAGAAGUAAGAAACUACAAAGUGUAUACAAGAGUUGGUGGCAAAGAGAUUGAGAUGGAUGCCAAUGUGAGAAACAAAAUUUGGAAACCACGCUCAGUUACCUUUUACCUUGGAUUUACCAUCAGAGGUCCUGUGGCCUUUGACAUUCAUCGCAAAACUGCAGACACAGAUCGUGGAUCACUGUGGGACCAAUAA